AUGCAAGGAGCAAAUUUGCGACAAGCAAUACGUCCAAAAAUUGGCAAAAAAGUUAAUCUUCGAAAAAUUGUUCAACAAUCUUUUACUGAACAUAAUACCAAUAUUCCUAAUAUAUACAAAUUUUCUUUAUACCAAAAGACUAAACAGAUUAAUUCUACAAAUGUUAAUCUAACUUCAUCAGUCGAUAUUAGAUCAUCUAAUAUCCAAAACACUGUUCAGGAAAACAGUUCUAAUGAAAUUGAAUUAGAAAAUCAUUUUCAAGAAUAUAAUAGUAAUAACAGUCAAAAAAGUUACGAUGAUCAAGAAAGUUAUGAUGACCAAGAAAGUUAUGAUGAUCAAGAAAGUUACGAUGAUCAAGAAAGUUAUGAUGAUCAAGAAAGUUACGAUAACCAAGAGGAACUAAAUGAAUAUAAAGAUAAUGAAAAUGAAGAUAUAUCUUUUAAUUUUAAAAAUCAAUAUGAUGGACUUCAAGAUAUACCACCUUAUAAUGGUGAGGCUAGACUUUAUUUUCCAAAUAAAUCUGUGAUGUUGAUGUUUAUUUGUCAUAAUGUUAAUAUUAAUUUGAUGAAUACCCCAUCUACCUCUACUUCUUUUAAAGAAGGUUAUACAUUUUCUAUUCUUGAUCACAUUCAACGCAUUAUUAACAAUCCAUCAAUUUAUUUAAAAUUAUAUUUUGGUCUUGGAGUUGAAGCUUUAAAAAGAACAGAGUUAUGGCAUGGACGAAUAUGGAAAAAAUCAUCAUUAUUUAGCGAAACAUCGCAUAUAAUCAGAAAUACUGGAGACUUUAUACUCUAUAAUAUUCAGAAUGAGACAACUGCAAGUCAACGGCUGGGGAAAAUUAAUGGUAUUGUGAUACUAAACGAGAAUAGUGAAGAAAAAUUGUUAUAUAUUCAAAAAAUUGUGUAUUAUCCAGAACUUCCAGGCAAUGUUAGAUCAUCCGAUCAUUUAAUUCAAUCAAAAAAUAAUACUGUCUGGUUAACUGAGAAUUGGGAAGUAAUUCAUAUAGAAGAUGUAAUUUGUCAUGUUAAAAUCUGGCUUGAAGAUUUACCAAAACCUGCAAAUUAUGAUUUUAAGAUCAGAGAAAUUCUCAGAUACUGUCAUAUCACAAAUUUUUAUUUUCAAGAAAUCAAACAAGCAUUCACAAAAUCUGCUAAAGAGAAUAUAGCAAAACAGCAUGAACUCUGCCUUAGAAAAAAUAUUCUUGAUCAUCUUAUUCGUAAUCGAUAUAUACAAGUUCCUCAGGAUCCAUAUCAUUGUUUAGCAGGUUUAAAUAGAUUACAAAAUCCGAUCACUCAUCGAGAUAGUUACUGGAUGAAUGAUUCAUUAUGCCUUACUAUAAUAAUGUCUUAUAUCUUAAUUCGUGCUAUUAAUCAUAGACAUUAUAAGGCUGAAAUUAUUAAUAAGAUAAAAAACAACAAUUAUUCUUUAGGUAACCGAACACAAGUUUCAAAUAUUAUUGUGAAUUGUUGGGUAAAAAUGGCUAAAGCUUGUAAGGCUGUAUUUAAAUCAUCAUAUAUUAUAACUGAUAUAUAUAAUGAUUAUGCUUCUUUGAAAAAAACACUUGAGCAAGUUACUGAAAUAUUAUUAAAGGUUUUUGGAGAAACAUUUUCAAGCUUACCAAAUCUUCAUAUUCUUCGACACUUACCUGAAGUUGCAGUUAAUUUUGGAACAUUAGUUAAUACUUCAGUUUCUUUAAAAGAAGCAGUACAUGGAUUAUAUAAGAGAGUUGUUCCACAUACAAACAAAAAAGAUAUUUUAAUGGAUCUUUCAAAACGUGAUAAUACUCUUCAAACUAUAAGAUAUUUAUUAGAUGGUGGAUUAGAUACAAGAUAUAAUAAAGUUAAUAAUUUAUUUUCUAAUGUUGCAUCCGAUACUGAAGAUGCAAAUGCUAAUAAUUCUGUUCAAAAGCAAGGUUUAUUAACUACUAUUUCUGUAGAAAAUCUUUUGGCUGAAAUCACAAGAAUUUAUAAGGAUGUAUACAAUACUUGUAUUGGUGAAGCAAUUGAUGUAGAAGAUGUUGACAAUCCUGGUGAAAGUGCAUAUGCAUUAAUACGAGCGAUUAUAAUCCACAAAGAUGAUAAUAGACAUAUCAAUCCCUUUCUAUUAGUUGAUUGGUUUUACAAAAAUGGAAAUAUUGAUUCUGCAACGGGUUUUUCAGUUUAUAGAUUGCAAGACAAUAAUGACACUUUAUGGUUUCAUCUUCAUUCUUUAAUAAUUGUUGAUCGGCAACCUAAA